AUGAUGACGCCUAUUGAGGAGAAGAAAGAUGAUAAAAUCCGCACCGGCAUGGUGCAGGUGUCGGACGGCAAGUCUCGUCCGAUGCCGGCGCGUCUGGCACUCACGAUGGAGGCGGUGACCGUCCAGCGAGAGAUCCUGGUACCACCCCAGCCUCCACGGGACUCCCGCGUGCCUCAUGCGAGGGAACGCAUGGUCCAAAUAACCCGUCAAAAGGUUGGCGGCUUAGGUCUAAGCAUUAAAGGUGGAUCGGAGCACAAGCUUCCCAUCCUGAUCUCCAAGAUAUACAAGGACCAGGCGGCUGAUCAGACGGGGCAGCUGUUUGUUGGCGACGCUGUUAUAAAAGUUAACGGUGAAUACAUAACGGCGUGCAAGCACGACGACGCUGUGAACAUACUUCGCAACGCUGGAGACAUCGUCGUCCUCACGGUUAAGCACUACAGAGCUGCCACGCCCUUUCUGCAGAAACAAGCCGAGGGAGCAUCAGAUACAGACAGCAGUACAGGUGACGAUCACCCCUCCCUCCACAACAAAGUAGACGACAAUUGCAACACUGAAAAGACUGAAACCAAUGGAGGCUGGCAGAGCGCAUGGGGUGAUUCGCAGGAGGCUCUGUCGCGUCCUUCAUCAGUUGCAUCAGACCGGCUUCCAGAGGGCACUAAGGAGUGGGUAGAUGUUAUCUCAGUACCUCUAAUGAUGGGUUACGUAACUAGAUAUGUGCUUGGGACUGAUAAACUCAGACCGGGCGCUUUCGAGGUACGCGGUGCGCGGACGCAUGUGACGACUGGAAUCAUCCACGUGGACGAGCCAGCAGCCUUAUCACAUUGGCUGAAAAGCAUCUCAGACAAUAUUAUGGGUCUUACGAAUUUACAGAUGAAGUUGUUUAACCGCCACUUAGCGGGAGGGGAACGUAUCGAGUACAUGGGCUGGGUGCAAGAGGGCGAGGUGUGCGGGGGGCAACCAUGGCAGACGUACCGUCCUAAGUUCCUAAUACUCAAAGGAACCGAUGUAAUGCUUUUUGAUACGCCGCCGGCAAACAUAACAGAACUAGCCAAGUGCCCUGAGACCCUCAAGGUAUAUCAGACGAUGUUCCGCACGGUGAAGGAGAGCGAGACGGUAGAUUGGCGGCAGCACUGCUUUCUGGUGCAGAGUUCGGCACCUGGACCAUCACCAGCAGGGCCCAGAUACUUCAGCACGGAGACCCGGCAAGAGCUGCUGCGUGUCGAAGCAGCCUGGACGGCCAAUAUUGUUAACUCUGUUAUACGGCUCGGGGUGAGUUGA